AUGAGCGCCGAAGAUGUCUACGUAGUUGAGAAAGUUGUUGCAAGUAGGACAUUAAAGGGAGUAAAGCAAUACCUGCUGAAGUGGCAGGGAUAUCCUGAUUCAGACAACACCUGGGAGAACGAAAAGAACAUAUUCUGUAAAGAUAUGAUACAGGAGUAUGAGAAUACAAAAGCCAUGCCUAAUAAAAAGCAAAAGAAAGGCAAGCAGAGCAAUUUGAAUCCAUCAGAAGCAAAAGCCACACAAAACCCCCAAGAGAGUGCCGCUGAGCAAGAAUCUUACGGAACGAAUAAAAGAAAAAGCAGAUCUCAAAAAGAUAAGAAUGAAUUGCAGAAUAACAAUAAGCAAAGUCAAGAAGGAAUCAAACGAAAACCUCGUACUAAAUCCAAAGUUUUACCUGAUACACAGGCGAAAAUAGACAAUUUGAGCUCGGCUGUAGACAAAGUGAUCUCUGUUGAGAUGAACGAUUCAAAAAAUGGUUUGGUUGUUUAUUUGUUGUUCAAGAACGGAGAGAAUGGCAAAUUCCCAGCUGAGAUUAUUCACGAAAAGUGCCCCAUUCCUCUUCUUGAGUACUAUGAAAGCAAUCUUGUGUUCUGUGAAGAUGGCGUAGAUGCUAGCAAGUAG